ACGAUUGAUUUUUUAUCAAAGACUUGAAUUUGGUUGUGAAAGAAGAAACUAUCAUCAUGGCAACACAUUUCUACGACCCCGCGUUAUCGCCCUACAGUCCGAUUGAGAGUCUGAUGAAUCCCUGGUCAUAUGUUUGGGAGUGGUUGGUGUCUUUGAGGUCGGAGGGGAUUCAAAAUGAGCAAUCGACGUCGGACAUAAAGUCAGAGGAUGCGAUUCUCUGCAAAGAAACAUAACAUGACUGCUUUAUAAGAGAUGGUUCUGUGUAUAAUGCGGACACCACAACAUAUCGAACGAUUCUAUACUUAUUUCUUGAUACCCCGGUCGAUUGUCUGCUAGGAAACGGAGCAUGAUGUCAUUCUCAAAAUGGCGCUUGUUCAUACUUCAUCAUAUUGGGAAAUUUGGAUCUAUAGGAGGUUGUAAUUUAUUACUUCUGUAUCUUGGGAAGCCCUUGAGGCUGGAUAUUUGCCUGAAGCUACAAUGGCUUGUAGCUGUCAACAUCAGAUAGCAUUUCUAAUUGUGGGAUAAGGCCGCAUAAGGCAUCCAUGCAGUGAAACCAAUGGACGCUUAGUGCUACAUAUCUA